CGUUUUCUGUUCGCCGCGUCUGUGCAUUUCCGUUUGGCAAUAACAGCACUCGCUUGUGGCCGCGUAUGACAUUGUGGUAAUUAAUAAAUUUUCAUUUCAACAGAGGGCAGGUGAUUUCGCGCACUCGGCCGCAUAAUAUUCUUUUUUAGAUAGUUUACAGUUUCGAUACGCGCGCACCACACAAUGUCGUUGUGCAGACUUGUUGGCAUUUCCAACGAGAUGUCUUUGGCCAAUAUCAAACGCGCCUUGACCACUGGUCAAAGAUUAUUUAGCCAAAAUGUUCAACAUACUUCAACCAAAGUUGUUGACAACAUUUUAGUCAUAACAUUGAACACGCCCAAUUCAAAGGUCAAUUCACUGUCUGAGGAUGUAAUGAACGAAUUACAAGCCAAUUUAAAUAAGGCCACUCAAGAUCCGGCAAUCAAAGGCAGCGUUAUUAUAUCAGGAAAACCGAAUUGUUUUAUCGCCGGCGCUGAUAUAUCAAUGUUGCAAGCUUGCCGCACAGCCGAAGAAGUACACAAGAUUUCUCAGGCCGGUCAGAAUAUGCUUUUCCAAGUCGAGAGAUCUUCGAAACCCAUUGUAGCCGCCAUCAUGGGUUCGUGUUUGGGAGGAGGCCUCGAAGUGGCUUUAGCGUGUCAUUAUCGUAUUGGUGUCAAGAGCAAAAGUACCGCACUCGCAUUGCCCGAAGUAAUGUUAGGCCUUCUGCCUGGCGCCGGCGGUACCCAACGUUUGCCCAAACUCGUGUCCCUUCCCACCGUUUUGGACAUGGCUUUGACGGGUAAAUCGUACAGGGCCGAUAAAGCGUUGAAAGUUGGUUUAAUCGAUCAACUCGUCACUCCUCUCGGGCCCGGUACAAACACACCAAACGAAAGAACGCUGGAGUAUUUAGAAGAAGUAGCUAUUGACGCGGCCAAACAAAUAGUUUCGGGAAGUAAAAAAAUAAAAAGGAACAAAAACAAGACGUUGGUCGAUAGCGCUAUUGAUUUGGGCAUUAAAAACGAAUGGAUCCGAGAGAAAUUCUUUGAAAGUACCAAAAACAAAGUCGAGAAAAUGACCAGGGGCCUAUACCCAGCUCCGUUGAAAAUAUUAGACGUGAUUAAAACUGGAAUUUCUCAAGGGAACACCAAAGGGUACGCUGCCGAAAGCCAAGGCUUUGCCGACUUGGCUAUGACGCCACAAAGUAAGGGAUUAAUUGGACUGUUCAAAGGUCAGACUGAAUGUAAAAAGAAUAGAUUUGGCGAUCCCAAAACAAAGAUCCAGAACGUCGGUGUUCUUGGCGCUGGUUUGAUGGGCGCCGGUAUUGCCCACGUAACUGUCGAUAAAGGCUACCAAGUGGUUCUCAAGGACGCAAACGACAAAGGCUUGGCUAGGGGUAUCGCUCAAAUUGAAAAAGGACUGUCGGGUGCGGUGAAACGCAAGAAGAUGUCUGCGAUAGAAAAAGACAGGUACAUGUCCGAUUUGACGAGUACGUUAUCGUACGAUUCUUUCUCAAAAGCAGAUAUCGUCAUUGAAGCCGUAUUUGAAAAUAUAAACAUUAAACAUCAAGUGAUCAAAGAACUCGAACAAGUCGUACCCAAACACUGUAUAAUAGCCACCAACACUAGCGCUAUUCCCAUCGCCAAAAUAGCCGCUGGCAGUAGUCGCCCUGAAAAUGUAAUCGGAAUGCAUUACUUCUCGCCAGUAGACAAAAUGCAACUUUUGGAAAUCAUAACGACUGAGAAGACAUCGAAAGAAACAUCAGCUGCUGCUGUUUCUUUGGGUUUGAAACAAGGAAAAAUUGUUAUCGUCGUCAAGGAUGGCCCAGGAUUUUACACUACUCGUAUUUUGAGCACAAUGUUGUCAGAAGCGAUACGUUUGUUACAGGAAGGAGUAAGUCCCAAAAAAUUGGAUAGUAUUACGAAAAGUUUUGGCUUCCCGGUUGGUGCAGCUACGUUGACCGAUGAAGUGGGAGUGGACGUCGGUUUCCAUAUUGCCACUGAUUUAUCGAAAGCCUUCGGUGCACGGCUUGACGGUGGAGAUCUCAAAUUUGUAAAAAGUAUGGUGGACGGAGGAUUUUUGGGCCGUAAAUCGGGAAGCGGUUAUUUCGUGUACAAGGCCAACUCAAAAAGUAGACCGGAAAACGAUGAAGUUAUCUCGUUGUUAGAAAAAUUCAAGAUGGAACCGAAAGGCGAACAGACUGUUGAAAAUCAACAGCUACGUAUGGUGUCCAGAUUCGUCAACGAAGCCGUUCUGUGUCUGGAAGAAUCUAUCCUUAAUAGUCCGGUCGACGGUGAUAUCGGAGCCGUAUUCGGUUUAGGGUUUCCGCCGUUCUCGGGCGGUCCAUUCAGAUGGGUCGAUUGGUAUGGUGCCGACAAGCUCGUUGCGAAAAUGCAGACAUUCCAAAACGAUUACGGCGCACCUUUCCAACCAUGUCAACUACUGUUGGACCACGCUAAGGAUACAUCCAAAAAAUUUUAUCCAUCGUAAAAGACUUAUCGUCGUAAACUAUCGACUAGGGAAUCAAACAACACUGGAUCAGUUUUACGAAUUUUGUUCUACAUAUAAUAUAAUAUAGUUGGAAUUACUCGCUAAGAAUUUAUAGAUAAUAUACUUACAGAAUUCUUUAUUUUUUUAAUUGUUGGUGAUUCAAAUGUAAUAUUAUCAUUAUAUAUUUAUUAUUAUUAUUAUUA